GUCUAUGACCUGGGCUCCCCGGCCGAUUCGUUUGGCAGCGCCCCCGGCUGCUCGAUGACCGACAGGAGCUGUGUCAACAUGGGCUUCCCCUCGUGCGGCACCAGGGGUCGAUGCCACGGCGAAUGGGGCUCCUUCAGCUGCCAGUGCAUAGCCGGAUACAGCGGGCAUCAGUGCGAACAAGAGCUCCCGGAGUAUUCGUUCGACGGCAGGAGUCACGUGCACUAUCAGUUCUCCGGACCGCUGCCAGCCAGGCACACUCAGGUCCAGGUCCUGAUCCGAACCCGCAAACACAGCAGCGCCAUCCUCAGUCUGCUGUCUGCUGCACAGAACGAGUACAUCCGACUGGAGAUCUUCCAGGGCUUGUUAGCGGUCUUUUACAACCUGGGAGACGGAGACUUUAACCUCACCAUGCUGUCUCAUCGACUGGACAACGGCGAGUGGCACGAAGUUCACCUGGAGCGUCACGAUAACGAGGUGACCCUGCGCGUGGACGGCGGGGGCGGACGCCGAGAGAUCACGGGAGCGCCGGGACACAGCCGAGAGAUCGUCGUCGACCCGUCGCUGGUGAUGCUGGGGAACGCUUUUCCCUCCGGGCACAACAAAAGCUUUCAAGGAUGCAUGAGGGACCUGAGGCUGAACAAUCGACCCAUGCCGUUGGACUCUCAGCCUAAAGACGGUGUGUUGGUCCUGAGCUCGGUGGGAGUGACGCUCGGCUGUUCUUCGGAUUCCUGCAGGAGGAACCAGUGUAGCCCCCCGUUCACCUGUGUCGACCUGUGGAGGAUCCAUGAGUGCAGAUGCCCUUCGGGUCACAUGGUCAAGGCCAACGCCACCGGCAAGUUCUGCGUGUACACCAUGUGCGCCAGCCGGCCGUGCCACCGGGGUACCUGCGUGGCCCAGUCGCCCUCCAAAUUCACCUGCCAGUGCCCGGAGGGGUACAGAGGACGCCACUGCGAGGUCACGCUGGCGGUCUAUCAGGAAGACGUGGGCCUCAGCUUCAGAUCGCUGUUCGCUAUAUGCAUCUGCUUCAUGGCUCUGCUGGCCUUUUGUGGACGACUCUCCUUCACCCCGGGCGUUUCGUCGUCACAGGUCCGUGUGAACGUUCGGCCGGCGGAGCGGUAUCACCCGAAAAGCAGCCUGAUGAAAUUAGAAUUUGCCGUCUCACAGAUCAGACUCGCGCUAUCGUUGCAAUGA